AUGCUUCCAAUCUUCUAUGACGUGAAAUCCGAUGACGUGAAGCUGAAGACGGCCCUGUACAGCGAGGCCAUAUCGAAUUUGAAGCAACAGAAGAAGAACAAGUUCAGCCCGGAGGAAGUAAAGAAGUGGAGAAGGGCUCUCCGGGAAGUCAACGACACCAAACAUGGGGAGCUUGUCAAGUUGUUCGUUGAUGAGGUUAUGUAUAAGCUUAAGUCGAGACAAAGAAAAGUGACUGAUGAUUUGGUUGGGAUUGACGAUCAGUUAUUGGCCAUAAACACUUUACUAGACCUGAACUCCGGUGGCAUGCAGCUUGUGGGAAUUCAUGGCAUGGGUGGCUUAGUCAAGCUGCAAGAACAACUGUUAUAUGAUAUCGUUAAUUCUAGAGUGGCUCGCAACAUUGACAUAACUGAUUAUGGAAUGAACGCGAUUGGAGAAAUACUUGGCAAUAAAAAGGUGCUCAUUGUUCUUGAUGACAUUGAUGAGAGCGAGCAAAUUGAGGAUCUCAGUGGGAAAGAUUCUCUGCAUGCAUUUGGCAGAGACUCUCCUCCAAAUCCUUACUAUAGUCGUUCAAAAGAAAUUGUCUCUACCCCGGGAGGGUCUCCUUUGGCUCUUCAAAUAUUUCUUGAUAUUGCAUGCUUUCUCAUCAACGAGAAGAAGAUCAACCCAAUUUACGUGUGGAAAGAUUGUGACUUUAGCCCCAAACAUAGUAUUGAUGUCCUCAUCAACGUGUCCAUGAUAAAGGUCCUGGAUGACAGUAAGAUUUGGAUGCAUGAUCAAUGUAGAGAUCUUGGAAGGGCAAUUGUUCGUCAAGAAAUUCUGGAGCACCCAAUCAAGCGAAGCAGGGUGUGGAAUGAUGAUGAUGCCCUUAACAUAUUGAGAUCAACAGAGUUAAAGCAUGCCUUUUACAGACAAAUCCUCAUUUGCUUUGGAAUCAUUGGAGAAGCUUUCGGUCGAAGGAUGCUAUUCUAUGAAGAGGCUAGUCGGUUUAUUGAACUUGAAGAGCCUGAAGGAUUAAGAAUCCGGGAGUCCCGGAGCCACAGGUCAUCGAGGGCCUCGAUGAAUGGAGACGACGUACUACAAGCUAGAGACAUACAAGGUGCGUCUUCUACUUUUCUCAAAUUGUACGCAUUGGACAUCGCCCUUUCCCCUGUUUUGUUCAUUCUCAAACAUAAAACUGGAAGGUCCCUGGGAAGGAGUUUCUGA